AUGCAUCACCCCGACUCUCCGCCACCGGAUAACAUUCUCGAGGACCCUCUGGGAGAGCUCGACGCUGCCCUAAAGUCGCACGCCUUCGGCUUGGCGUCGUACCAGCUGCGGCCAGAGGUAUCUUAUCCGCGCACAGACGACGAGAAAGCUAAGGUGCGAGAUGAGGCUAAGGCAGAGGGUCACACGCCAGAAGGUGUCGCUGGUCGUGCGCAUCUCGUUCUGCUAAAGAACGAGGGAGAGGCAGACAUCCUCCUCGAUCAGCGAGGCUACACUGUGAGUCAUCCCAACACAUGUCUCGAACAUUCCGGGGCCGGCAGUUGUGGUGGCCGAUGGCUGAUCGUUCAGAUUGAGAAAACAACAGCUCAGCAGCCACUGCUAUCGUCAACGUUUGAGUCGCUCGACGCCCUGCUCAUCGCUCUGAGCCCCGCGUACCAAGAAGCCAUGCAGGAGGAGCUGCUGAGGCGCUUCGAGGGCGGUGUCAGCAGCCGUUUCAAUUACGAUGAUGAAGAAGUUGUUGAGGAGCCUAAGUGGAUAAAUUAA